CAUCUUCCCCUUUUGAUCACCUCGCGCGACCUCAUCAUCCAACGGCGAGAAUUUUUCUUGAACGCACCGACGGCCAGGAUUUUAUCAGCGCCCCCUCCCAGUCCUCUUGGCCAUUAAAUACCCCGCGCCAGCCGUCACCUCCUCUGCCUCCUCCACCUCCACUCCACUCCGCUCAGGAAACCCAAGCAAGCAGAGAAGGCAGUGAGCAGCGUUCCCAGCCGCCGCGAGUCCGCCACAGGCGACGAAGCGCGCACCGCACCUCGCCGGCGAGCGAGAUCGAUCUUCACCGAUGGACCUCCUCGAGCACCCGCUCGAGGCCGUCGCCUUCCGCCUCUACUCCCUCCCCGACGCCUCGGCUGCCACGGGCGCCGCCGCGUGGACCUGCCGCGCCGCGGUCCUCGCCGCCGCCGCCGCCGCGGGCCUCUGGCGCCUCCGAGCCCCCGCGCCCACCGCUGCCUCCACCGCCGCCGCUAAGCCUCUGCAGCUGGAUCCGUGCCCCGAAGCGGAGGCUCCGACGGCGCCGCGCACCGCGCCGUCAGAGCGGUGGUCGGCGCCGCCCGCGGCGCCCUCGCCCAAGGAGCGGUACACGGCGUACUACCGCGACGCGUGCCGCGUCGGGUGCUGCGACGAAGACCGCGACGACGACGGCGACGACCGGGAAGAUGACGCGGAGGAACACGACGACUGCGGCGGCGGCGGCGCGUACCGGACUCCGUCGGAGACGACGACGGGCCCGUUCGGAUGGGAGGCGGAGGUGGUUCGGUCGCUGCCCCUCUGCCCGCCGGCGCCGGAGGUGGGGCUGGGGCCGGGGCCGGGGCGGCGGUACAGCAGCCCGACGGCGCUCGGCGGCAGCGUGGUGCAGCUGUGGGACCAGGUCGCGGGGGGCGGGUUGACGCCGACGGCGAGCCCGCGGCGGAGGGGCCGGGCCGUCGUCGCCACCGCCCCGGGCUUCUGAACCCUUGCAGACUACCAAUAAAUUUGGCGUGUAAAUACGAUCCCGAAUUCGCCUUAAAAUGCAUGAGGUCCUGAUCACAUUGGACUCAACUCAACUCUCUGGGAGCUUGCGAUCAA